AUGGCCGCUGACAAGCCCAAGUACGACUACAAAUGGGAUACGAAAGAAGUGAAACCAAAAUGGGAAGCUUUCAUGAAAUUCGGUGCAGCCACCGCCACAGAAAUGACCGGAAAAAAUUUCGACAAGUGGCUAAAGGAUGCUGGUGUUCUCGAUUCGAAAAACAUCACGACAACAAUGACUGGAAUAGCGUUUAGUAAAGUGGCUGGACCAAAGAAGAAGGCGACGUUCGAAGAGACGAAGAAAGUGCUCGUCAAUGUGGCCGAAGAUCGAGCACGACAAUCGAAAGCCACUGUUCAAGAUGAAUUGGAUGCUAUCUGUGAAAAAUUGGCCGCUCUUGAAGCUCCAACCCUAAACUCCGCCUCAAAGUCCGAUGCUAAUGGAGUGUACAGUCGAUUGACAGACCACACCAAAUACACUGGUGCCCACAAGGAACGAUUCAACACCGAUGGAAGUGGCAAAGGAAAGGCCGGACGAGUUGACGCUGUUGAAAGCAGCGGAUACGUUGGCGCUUACAAAAAUAAAGACACCUACGACAAGGUUCAUGGAAAACAA